AUGUCUGAACAUAAUUCCUGUUUCUUGUAUAAUAAUUGUACAUCAGAUAUAGGUUCUUCAGGUACAUUGUAUAAAACAAUUCUUAUUAUAGUUGGUGGGUCAAUUUUAUCUUUCUUAACAACAGUUGGUAAUUUACUUGUUUUAAUAUCAUUUCGUAUUAAUAAACAAUUACGUACCGUAACAAAUUAUUUUUUAUUAUCACUUGCUAUUGCUGAUUUUACAAUUGGAUGUUUUUCUAUGCCAAUAUUUUUUACAUUUUUUGAACAAGAUCGUUGGCCAUUUGAUCAAUUUUUAUGUGAAGUAUGGCUUAGUGUAGAUUAUACAAUGUCAAAUGCAUCAGUUGCUAAUCUUUUACUUAUAUGUUUUGAUCGAUAUUUUUCUAUUACAAGACCAUUAACAUAUCGAUCAAAGCGAACACCAAAACGUGUAUCACUUAUGAUUGGCUGUGGAUGGGCUAUAUCAUGUCUUAUAUGGACACCGUGGAUUUGGGCUUGGCCAUUAUUCGAUAAAAGUUUACCACCAGUGGCAAUUCCAACAGCAAUUGCUGCUUUUUAUUUACCCGUUACAUUAAUGUGUUUACUUUAUUUUCGUAUUUAUCGUGAAACAGUUAAACGUCGUAAAGAAUUACAUCUUUUACAAGCUCAACAUCAUAGUUCAAUAUCACAAACAAUAACACCAACAAAUUCCAAUCCAAAUGGUGGUGGUUUAACAAAAAAUUUAAGUAUUAUUGGAACAACAUCAGGUAUUGAACAAGAUGAAAGUAUAUCAACAGAUUCAAAUCGAUCUCAUGGAAGAAUUUUAUCAAUACAAAAUUCCACAAAUAAAAAUUUAAUUUUAUCAAAUACUAAAAAACAAAAUAAAUUUAUUCAUACUUUUAAUAAUAAUUGUUGUUUUUGUUGGAAGAGAAAUUGUAAUGGUACACAAUCCGAACAAACUAAAGAUGAUGAUGAUGAAUCUUCAAGUGAAAUUCGCCCUGUAAUAUCUCCAACUAUCGAUCAAAAUUUAACUGAUUCUUAUUCGAUAUCAAAUAAUAACGAACAAAUAAAAGUAAUUCCAGCUACUGAUCCAUGGAUUCGUCGAUGUGAUCAACCAUUAUCAACAGAAUCUAUUAGUGAUCAAGAACAACAACAACAACAAAAAUCAACACAAUAUGAAACUCAUCCAUGUUAUCAUUCAUUAUCAUCAACAUCCGAAGAUUGUCUUUCUCAACAACAGCAACAACAACAACAAAAUCGUCAAUUAAUUAACACUAUUGAUAAAGAUAUUGAAUAUGUUGAAUCAAGAUUACGUGGUCAAACAACAGUAUCACUUCCAACUCCUCAUCCAACAAAUUAUACUCACAAUAAUAGUUGGCGACGAUCAUCUAGUCGUAAUUAUAUAAAUGUCGUACCAUCUUUAUCAUUGAAUGAUCAACAACCAGCACGCCAUCUCAAUGAAAAAUAUACAAUUAUUAGUAAUAAACAAUCAUCAAAUGGAGCACUUGGAUCUAAUAAAUCGUCAACAACACCAAAAUCUCAAACAAAUGAAAGUGUUAAAACAGUUAAAAGACGUAUAGAAAAAAUAAAAGAUCAAAAAGCUGCUAAAACAUUAAGUGCUAUUUUAAUUGCUUUUAUUGUAACAUGGCUGCCUUAUAAUACAAAUAUAAUUAUAUCAACUAUAAAACCAGAUAUAUUCUCACAUGGUUUUCCAAUGUAUUGGGAACGUUUUGGUUAUAUGUUAUGUUAUGUUAAUUCAACCAUAAACCCAAUGCUAUAUGCUUUAUGUAAUGGAACAUUUCGACGAACAUUUGCUAGUAUACUUCGUUGUCAAUGUCAUCGACGUCAUACAAUAAAAUAUUUACAAAAAUCUUAUCGUUUUCAAGCAAACAAAAAUAUUAAUAACAAUAAUUUUUAA